GUUCUGACCUCAGGGCUCCUGGAUGCCCACUGAGGGAAGGUCCCCACUGCUGGGUGGGGUUUGGGGGAGUCAGGCCAGUGUGGAAUAUUCUCUCAUCUGAGAUACUGCAGGCCAGUGAUGAGAUGUUUCCUCUGCAGCUGAACAGAUGGAUAGGCAGCCUGGGAUGGGGCCCUGCCCUGGAAACCCCCACCUCUGCCGGGUCUCCCGGGCCCUGGGACUCGCCAGCCUCCUCCUCAGCAUCUGCAGCCCUGGAGCCAAGAGUUCUGAAGCACACGGUUCUGGAGUGAAAGGUUCUGAAGCCAACAAUCCUGUGAAGGGGACUCAAGGAGGUGCUGUCUGGUUUCACAUGAACACGAACCCAGGAGCUGAGCUGGAGAAGAUCUUGUGGGGUUUUUUUCCUCAGUCAGCCUACGUCAUCAUGCUUGAAGUCCAUCGUGGGGCAGAAGAUGCUCCAACCUGGUGCAACCUCUGGGACAAGUAUGGGCAGAGGGUCCAUGUGCCCAACAUGACGUCCCUGAGGAUUGAGAACCUGACCUCUGAGGACAGUGGACGGUACUGGGCUCAAGCCAUGUUACCAGGAGGCGGAGAAAUGUCCCAACUUUUCCAGCUCACUGUGUACGAGCCUGUGCCCCUUCCCCAGAUCGUGACCGAGUCACUGUCCCUCACACCAGACUGGUGUAAUGUCACCCUGGAGUGCAGGAUUAUGAGGGACGGAGAGAACCUGAGUGUGACCUGGGAGAGCCAGGGCCUCCUCGGGGGUCUGGAGAGAAGGCCCCCACCAGGACCAGCCCGCAGCUCCUGGAUCCUGGCUGUGAGCCAGCCCCUGAGCCAGCCCCAUGCCAGCCUCACCUGUGUGGUCAGCAACCCGGUGGACCAGAAGACUGUCACCAAAGCCCUUGGGGAGGUGUGUGCCCCUGGUUCUCAUGGACCCCUGUCUGCCAUCCGUGGUGCCUCUGUGGUGUUGCCGUUUUUCCUGUGUGUUGGCGUGUGUAUUUACAUGUGCUGCGACGAGAAGGAGGUAGCAAAAGGUGCAGAAUCACAGAGGAGCCUAAGGACUGUGAUGAUGCCCCACGCUCAUAAGCUGAGUCAGCAGGAGUCUCAGGAUUGCCAGGACAAGUGCACAGGUGAGCACCAUCUGGAAGAAAGGGAGCAUCUCACAACUGUCUACCAUGGGUCCACAGCCCAGGCCAGCCCGUGAAGAUGAUUUAAUUGGACAGAGCAGAAGAAUGAGCAAAUCCAUGACCCUCUCUGAGCCUGAUCCUUGCAGACAGGUGCCUCUUCCAGCCAUAGAUCAGCUCCAGAAGCCCCUGGUCUGACCCUCACUGACCCUCACUGCAUGGGCACUGGGCACUUGUGGGCUGUCACUUUCUCUAAUAUCCAACCCCCACCCCAAGUCGCCCUCAUAAUCUGGAGUCUCACCCCAGUAGGUGGGCACUCUUCCUCUGUCAUUGACCCAGCUUCUAACCCCUCUUCUCCUAAAGAUUCCCAAAGAUGCCCCUGCUGACUGCUGGUGGGGGCCCCCGUGGCCUCUUGCUAUGUCACUGGCGUGUGUCUUUCUGAAAACAAUAGUCCAGGUGUGGGGACUGUGUAGAGGAGUGGACCAUGCACAGGAGGGAGUUAGGACUCGGGUUCUGGAUGCCAACUUGUGGGGAUCAGUGAGGGCAGCAAGGUAAUUGCUAGAGGCUUCCAUUUUACAUUUUAUAUGGCUCAUAUGUGGUAUGGGGCUAUAUGUGCAUGUGUGUAUGUUUGUGAGUGGUGUGGGGGGAGGGAGAGUCUAUGACACAUAACACACCUGUGCCAGAGUCCUCCUUCCUGGCUACCUGUGCCAACGUGGACCUCAGCUUCAGCCUCAGCCUCAGCCCAUGGGCCCUAAUCCUACCUUCUGAGGAUUAGGCCUUGACAUAACGAUAGGAACUGGGGCCCUUUGGAAGACAUAACAAAAGGGAAAAUUCAAAACAUCACAUAACAAUAAAUGCUCAAAACACUGUCACUGGUUGACAUAUAUUACAACAUUGGUUAAGGUUGACCAAUCAAGAAGCUACAAGACCACCAUGGCUCAUCCCCUAGACCAAACACCUGAGCACAGCUAUAGAAACCUGGAUUCUCCUCCCAUCCAGCCACAACCUGUUUUGGGACCCUCCUGUGUGGGAGCUCUUGUGCUUCUUUAUCUGUCCCUGCAUAAAUCUCCUCCGGCCUGCUCACUGCUGGCAGGAGCUGGCCUGUUUCUUUAAAUAGACCCUUUUGACUUACUUACUGUUGUGUGCUGGUGUUGGAUUCAUCUUUGACCCACCAGCCAGGGUUCCUGGCUCCUCCUGUUGAGUUACACUUCUAUGGAAUUGGAAGAGGCCUUUGCACUAUUUCUAUUUUAGUGUGUUGAACCUUCUGUUUUACAUGGAAUGAAGUUGAGACCAAAGUUAGGAUUUUUUGUUUAUGACAACAGCCCAGAUCUUCCCUAUCUACAUAGGGCAUGUGGUGGCUGAAAGGGAAUGCUCAGGAUCCUCCCAACCCCCUUGGUGGGGAUCACUAGGGUCUGAGGGGGUUGCUGUGAGAAGGCCUGAUCAGCCUCUUCAGCUUUCUCCAGCCCUGCUGGCCCCAAGUCCUGGGUCAGCUCCCCUUUCUCACUCAUGUCCUUCUGCCUGGACUGACUGUCCCCUCUCCAUGUUCUUCCCUCCUACACCUACCUGUUGAAACCCUACCAUCCUGCCCAAAGCUGCCUUCCAAGCCACUUGUCCCAUGGAAGUUUUUACCACCUCUGGACUUUCCCACAUCUGACACUUCCAAACACCCUGACCAUAACUAUGGCCCUUGCUGUAAUCUGCCCUGGAUUGGCCAUGAGUCUGCUCUGCUGACUAAGCUGGGGCUCCCUCAGGAUAACACAGGGCAGCAAGGGGCACUAAACUGGCCAUGGACACUGCCCAAAUAGUUUACUGGUCAUUGUCUGAGUUCUUCACCCAUGCGCACAAUUGCAAGAUUACUAAGGCUCAGGCAACAACAGCAAAGGGAUUUAUUUAACAAACCAGGGAAAAACAGUUACCGAGGCCAAUAAUGACCUUUACUGCACCCAAAGCUGUGUCCAGUGUUUCUCAGUCCUACACAAAAAACAGUUAAAAUGUAGCAACAUGGCGGUGAGGAGACGCUGCG